GCGCCUGUCAACUGUGAAGAUGGACGUAAAGGAUUGAACACAAGACUGCCUUAUUCACAGAUUUCACAACUAAUAUAGUCCGAAUACAUGUAGCGUUUAAAAGCCUCUCUGGUGAUGUGUGUUUGAUUUUCAACACAAUAAUCACCAUAAUUCCUCUUUUUAUGCGUCUAUGAAGGUGGCUCAUCUGGCUACAUUGUGUCACUAACUAGUGAUCCGACAUACUGAUCUAUUUGUUCGUCGAGAAGCAGUUGGAUUACAUUGAUAAUUGAACGGACUGGCGAGAUGGAGGGUCAUGGAAGAUCAUUUGACGGUUCAAACAGCGCAGUGAAAGCUCCGUCCAUCGAGGACUUUAUGCUGGUCAAACCCAUCAGUCGAGGAGCCUUUGGGAAGGUUUACCUCGCCAGAAAGAAAUGCAACUCCAAACUCUAUGCAAUCAAGGUGGUGAAGAAAGCAGAUAUGGUGGAUAAAAACAUGACAGAUCAGAUGAAAGCUGAGAGAGAUGCUCUGGCUCUCAGUAAAAGUCCUUUUAUUGUGCACCUGUUUUACUCUCUGCAAACAGCAACCAAAGUCUAUCUGGUGAUGGAGUAUCUGAUUGGAGGAGAUGUGAAAUCACUGCUUCAUAUCUAUGGGUACUUUGAUGAAGACAUGUCUCUGAAAUUUAUCUCAGAGGUUGCACUUGCUCUCGAUUACCUUCACAGACAUGGCAUAAUUCACAGGGACUUGAAACCUGACAACAUGCUCAUUUCUAAUGAAGGUCACAUUAAGCUCACAGACUUUGGGCUAUCCAAGGUUAAACUUGACAGAGAACUAAACCUGAUGGAUAUUUUAACCACACCUUCUUUGGCGAAACCUAAGAAAGAUUAUUUCAGAACACCUGGUCAAGUUCUGUCGCUAAUAAGCUCUCUUGGUCUAAAUACCCCAGUGACAGAGGGUGAGCAUCACAGUAGCACAGUGCUGGGCAGCCCAAUGUCCUGUGGGAAGGUCAAUCAUAGGAAGAGUUAUUUGUGCUCACCUCUACUGAAGAGAAGAGCAGAGUACCUCAAUUCACCAAUAUGCUCAAGCCGAGCUCUAGGAUCCAACAGUGUGUUCAGUCCUGGUGUGCUGGCUAAGAGUUUAACACCAAGGCUGAUGAAAUCAAGGAAGAGAUUUGAGACACUAAGUGCUGUUAGCCUGUUACCAUCCACUACGGAUUCUGAAGACUGUGUCAGCCCGAUGUGGGAAGAUGAGCAGAAUUUACAAGAUGGCGAGAACCUUCCUCAAUUACAGAGAAAAGAACCUGGUAACAGAAAUCAAAGAAGCAAUCCUGUAACACCGCUGGAAAAAAGGAUGAUGUGUGCACCACGUGCUCAGGAUCGCAACACGAUUUUGACGCCACUUGAUAACCAAGUGGACCUUAGCAGAUGUAUUAAACCAGACAUUUCUGCAAAGAGACUGCAGUUCAAUGCAGCUGACAACUGUGCCACUCCGUUGGGUAAGGCUGCUCCCCGUCAGUCAAUAGAGAGCAGUCUUGCAAAACCUGAGUCGCCAAUGGAACCAAAGUCCUCAGCCAAGCGAGGGUUUGAAGAAGUAGAAAAAAGCCCAGAUGAAGCUGAAAUCCAUUCCAAAAAAAACGAUGCCAUCUACAAGAGAUGUUUCCAGAUUCCAGAGGUGAAUCCAAGAGCCUACACUGGUUUGACUGGAAUGUUCUCCAUUGCUAGGCUUGAUGAUUUCAAAAGUGAACUGAUAUGUCAACAGAGAAUCGUCCCGAAGCAAUCCAGUCCCAUUGUCGUGGCCAAAAACCUCUUUUGUGAACUAGAAGAUCCUGGUGAGGAGGUAGCUAAAACAGUUACCAGCUCCAGCUCCCCAAUUUCACCUGCUGACGAACAAAAUAUUAGAGGAAGCCUUGGUUUGGACUCUGAUACCUCAAUCCAUGAGAUGUCCGUAGUCACCAACAUACCUCAACAAUUAACGCAUUACAAACAAGAGGCUUUGUCAUCCUCUUUUGAGGAACUUAAUGAAAGCAAGAUUUCUGCACUGAUGCCUGCAGCCAAGUCUACAAUAGCUACACUAAAGCAAAGCAAUGCAAAACAACAGAGAGGGGAAUCUGAAAGUUUCCCCUCUCUGCUUCUUGACCAUCUCCCUGACCUAUCCAAAAGUAUUGUCAGAUCACCUGGGUUCCUCAAACCCAAGAACUUGGUUGUGUUCAGGAGCUACUGCAGCUCGAUAAACCGGUCUUGUAACUCGCAUCUCAGCAUGGCCUCUUUGGACGCCAUGGAGAUGUCAGCUUCAGCUUCUUUCCACAGUGCACCUUCUGCAGUCACACCAGUUCAGAAGAAAAGGCCCAGUCUGAGCAGCUCACUUUACCAGACUCCCCAGCAGAUGGUUAUGUCACAUACUCCUUAUAGGACACCAAAAAGUGUCCGCAGAGGUCCAGAACGUGUAGAAGGAGCCCCUAUCCUGGGAACUCCCGAUUACUUGGCACCAGAACUUCUGUUAGGCAAACCUCAUGUUUCAGGGUCUGUAUGUUCUGAUUUCAUGGUGGAUUGGUGGGCUUUAGGUGUCUGCCUUUUCGAGUUCCUCACAGGAGUGCCUCCUUUCAAUGAUGAGACCCCUCAGCUUGUGUUCCAGAACAUUCUCAACAGAGAUAUACCAUGGCCAGAUGGAGAGGAGGAGUUAACCAAGAAUGCAAGAAAUGCCAUAGAGAUUUUGCUCACCAUGGAUACAGCCAAACGUGCUGGCUUAAAAGAACUGAAAGAUCAUCCGUUCUUUGAGGGUGUGGACUGGGAAAACCUUCACAAUCAGAGCAUGCCCUUCAUCCCACAACCCAACGAUGAGACUGACACGUCAUAUUUUGAGGCGAGAAACACGGCCCAACAUAUCACUGUAUCAGGCUUCAGUCUGUGAAUAUAAAGAAACUGUUUUAUAUGUUUAAGAUAUAAUUGUGUUGUGCGGAAACUUUAACGGAAUAGGUCACUCCAAACCUGUAUGAUAAAUUAAAACAUUUUAUUCAAACUCAGACCUGUCAAGUUCCAAAAAGGACAAAAAACACCAUAAAAACCAAAAGUAGUUGAUACGACUUGCAAUGGUUUAGCAAAAAGCUACAAAAAAAGCUGAAAACUAUUCCUUGUAAUAAAUACAGAUGUCAUCACUGCCAUAGUGCUCUUUUUAUCAUCUUCGUUCCUUGUUUUUUAUUUUUUUUCUUGCUUCCUGCUCCUUCCUUCUGUCUUUGGUAAUUAAUGUUGUAUGUAUGUUAUGAAGAGAGAGAUGUUGUAUGAAUGUAGGAAAGUUUUCUGAAAUGCAGUGAGGUGGGCGUUUGACCUUUACGUACAUACAUGCCAUGAGACUUGUUUCAAAUCAAGACUUGUUUGGAAAAAAAGUAAUAUAUUAUGUAACACUACUAUUUAUAAAUGUCCACUAAGGAGUAAGUACAUUUAAGCCACUGCUGCUUUUAACUCAUGUUUACUUGAGAACUAUACUUGUAAGAGUGCAAUUUUAUUUUAACAUGCAAAAUGUUUUAAUGUGUCUACACUGCGUUCUGAACAUGGCUGCUGCUUCAAAAAUGUUUCAAUUCAUACUCAUUUAAUCAUACCUGAAAGGUCUGUGUUUAAUAAUCAUUUGUUUCAUAGCUUUUUUUCUGUUUGAAUAAGGUACAGAUGUAACCUGUGUUUUAGUAAGUUUUGGAG